CCGUACGCAUGGAUUGACGGCGCUGACAGGGGAAUCGAAUCGAGAGCCGCCAAGCCAGAAAAAAUGGCGAGCCAGGUAGGCGGCGGUGCCGAAAACGCAGCCGCGGGAGCCUUAGCGGGGUUCGCCACGGUGGCCGCGAUGCACCCACUGGAUGUGAUCCGAACCCGAUUCCAAGUGAAUGACGGAAGAACAAUGGCAGUGCCAAGCUACAAGAACACUCCUCACGCUCUCUUCACUAUUGCUCGCUGUGAGGGUCUGAGGGGACUUUAUGCGGGGUUCUUCCCCGCGGUUCUUGGAUCAUCCAUUUCCUGGGGCUUGUUUUUCUUCUUCUAUGGAAGAGCAAAGCAAAGGUAUGCUGGCCACAUGGAGAAGGACGAGAAGCUGAAUCCCAGUUUUCAUCUGGCUGCUGCAGCCGAGGCUGGAGCAUUGGUGUCUUUCUGCACAAAUCCAGUUUGGCUCAUUAAAACUAGAUUGCAACUCCAAAAUCCUCUGCAUCAGACUCGUCAAUAUGCUGGAGUUUACGAUGCUCUGCGAACCAUAUUGAAAGAGGAAGGAUGGACUGCACUCUAUAGAGGAAUAUGGCCAAGUCUUUUUCUGGUAUCACAUGGGGCAAUACAAUUCACAGCAUAUGAAGAACUGCGCAAGCUUCUUAUUGAUUUUAAGUCUAGAAGGACGAACAAAAGAAGCAAUGACGAAUUGUUGAAUUCGCUUGAUUAUUCAUUUCUAGGGGGUUCUUCCAAAGUAGCUGCCAUUUUGUCCACAUACCCAUUUCAGGUCAUUCGAUCCAGAUUGCAGCAACGACCUAGUAUUGAUGGAAUUCACAGAUACACUGAUAGUUUGCAUGCAGUAAAAGAAACUGCUAGGUUUGAAGGGAUUCGUGGUUUCUACAAAGGUAUCACUGCUAACUUAUUAAAAAACGUACCAGCUUCUGCCGUUACUUUUGUUGUAUAUGAGAAUGUUCUCAAGUUGUUCAAGUUGGUCAGAAGUAAAGAUUAAUUUUAUUAUUCUUUUCCCUAUCUUUUCUCUACCUCAUUUUUUCAUGUAUGUAGCAUACAUUCUCCUAGAUAUAGGGAAAUAGACGAAUAAUUUUGUCCUCUCUCGAUACUGAACAGUUAUUUAAAUGAAAAAAUGUCACCCUU